AUGGCGAAAAAACCGGAAGAACCAAUCGAUCAUUUAUCCGAAAAAGUCGAUUAUGUCAAGAAGCGCAAAGAAAAAACAUUUGUUGAUGAAAACAAUGAUCAACAGGAAAAGUUGAUGAUGUUAGUCGAUUUUAUUAAUGAAAAUGCUGAAGCUGCAUUUGUAAUUCAAUAUAAAAAUUACGGGUUUAAUAAAGUUUAUAAUGAAGAUUUAGCUAAAGAUGUUUGUAUUUUUAAUAAUUUAUUCAAAUGA